GGCCCUACCUCCACAGUCCAACGGCAGCGGGACGUGAUGAGCGCUCCCCCUCAAUAUGUCGACUCUCCGCGCGGCGCGUUACGCGUCUUUGCAUACUCUCCUCCGCAAGGGCCGCCAGGUGCGACCAUUACGGCGAACAUCGACUUCACCGUCCAGGCCACGGAUACGAUCUACCUGCGCCUCGUCCUGGGCCGCCGUGCGUUGACGACGUCCGUGCGGAGGCUACCCUACAAGCAUUUCGAGCUGCAGGCUCGCGUGCCCAUGGACGAUUCCACUGGCUCCCCUGGGUCCGUGAUGGCGCUGUCCGCGCAGGCCCUGGGCAGCAAUGAUGAGCUCAUUGAUACGGUCACCUUCGGCAAUUUCACCAUCGUUGACUUCGGCACCUACGUUGCGCCUAUCACGGGUUACACCGCCCAGGAUGACACCCUCGACAGCUCGAUACCCCCAAUCGUGCGCGCUACGGAGCGUCGAGACCACCGGGAAAGCUCGUCGAUGGAAAUCUACCCCUCGGACCACUACAUGCAGGACUACAGCUGCAUCCGGACAGUGCGUCCGUCCAAGAAGACGUCGCUCAUCCGCACGCGGAGAACCGUGUCCGGGGAUGACGACUCCGGGACGAAGUGCGCGUCCCUCGUCCUGGAAGCGGACCUCGACGACAUGUCCAAGGGCUGGGAAAAGGGCGAACUCGCUGCCGGUCGGCGGCUCGUAUGCUUCUCCCGAGUACAAGAGGGCUCGACGCUGAGGGUGUCGUGCGCGGCGAUCAAGCAGGAAGACUACGCCGAGGGUGACGCCGUGGUCUCGUGCAUAUACCGGAAGGACACGGACAGCUGCUAUGUCACCUCCGUCGACAUCAUCCUCCUUCUCGAGCGCCUCGUCGGCCAGGAGUUCGACAUCGAGGAGAAAAACCGCAUCCGGCGGAACUUGGAGGGCUUCCGGCCCAAGACCAUCUCCAAGAACCGGCCCGAGAGCAGCGAGUUCUUCCUCCAGAUCAUGAACUUCCCCGCCCCAAGCCGCGCAAUAUUGAGAAGGACUUGAAGGUGUUCGACUGGAGCAUCCUGCCGCAGGCGCUCGACAAGAUCAUCUCGCGUUAUACGCUCCCGCUCCCGCAGCCCCAGUCGAGGAUAGACACCCCAGAGCGCACCGUGCCGUCGUCGUCCAUGCCGUCGGGGUCCCUGUCGCCGCUGCCACCCUCGUCCCGCACGCACAGUCCGACGGAGUACUCGCCGCGCUCGAGC